CCACUAAUUGUAAAAAGAAAUUGCAAAGAAAGAGUGAUUCAACCACCCCCACGGCCCCACUGCGUCUAUAUAAAAGGAACUAUAAUGCAGCCAAUGAACAUAUAAUCCAAACCAUUCACAAAAUGGCAAAAAUCCAAAUGAUAUUGACUUGUUUAGCAUCAUUCCUAGCCCUAUCUUUCCUUUUCACGGUGGUUUCCUCCAAUCAUCAUAGAGACUCGUGCAGUCGAACGCCUCACCCCGAACAAUGUGAGUACUAUUUGAGAGAUUAUGCAUCAGAAAAUGAAACAAAUAUCUUCGAAGUUAGCAAGAAAGUGGCCCUUGAUCAUGCCAAGAAAGCUAAAGCCUACAUCGACUCUUUAGGCCCAAAAUGCAACAGCGGGCGUGAAAAGGCUGCAUGGGAAGAUUGUGUAGAGUUAUAUGACGAUAUGGUCGAGAGGAUCAAUACAACGAUUGAUCCUCUCACCAAGUACAGCGCGUCUGAUGAGCAAACGUGGCUCAGCGCGGCAUUGACCAACAUCGACACGUGUUUGAACGGGUUCAUAGAAUUCAACGUCAUAGACAACAUAUACCCCUUGUUGUCAAGCAACACAUCACAAUUGAUUUCCAACACAUUAGCCCUUAGCAAAUAUAACUCUACUCAUGAAGAUGCCACCACAAAUAAAGAUGGCUUCCCCACUUGGGUUAAGCCCGGAGACCGGAAGCUAUUGCAAUCACCGUCACCGGGCGCUAGAGCCGAUAUUGUGGUGGCCAUAGAUGGUACAGGAAACUACAAGAAAGUGGGUGAAGCAGUAGCAGCAGCAGCAGCGACAAGGAGAACCGGAAGUAAGAGGAUUGUGAUACAUGUGAAGGCCGGAACGUACACAGAAAAUGUGGAAAUCGGGAAGAAGUUGAAGUAUAUCACGAUGUUUGGUGACGGAAUUGAGAGAACAAUUAUUACGGGUAGGAGAAGUGUAGGAGGUGGCUUCACCACCUUCAAAUCAGCUACUUUUGGUAAGCCAAUUAUAUAAUUGACCUUUUGUUUCAAAAUCAUAAUUUUUGAAUUUUUUUAACAGCAGAAGAGAAUUAAACAUAUUAAUGAUCAAAGUUGUUUCUGGACAAAUAUGAAAAAUGACACUACUAUCAACUUUUUGCUGAUCCCAAUUUAUUUGUUUUAGCUGCGGUGGGAGAAGGAUUUAUUUGUCGAGGAAUAAGAUUCAUAAACACCGCCGGAGCUGCAAACCACCAGGCGGUUGCGCUGCGGUCCGGCUCCGAUCACUCGGUGUUCUACCAGUGCAGCUUCGAAGGUUAUCAAGACACUCUCUACGUUCACUCUAACCGGCAGUUCUACCGGGAUUGCAAUAUCUACGGGACAGUCGACUUCAUCUUCGGUAACGCCGCCGUCGUCAUCCAGAACUCCAAUAUCUAUGCCCGCAACCCGCCUGCCGGGACCAACACGAUCACCGCCCAGGGCCGGAAGGACCCGAACCAGAACACCGGAAUAUCCAUCCACAACAGCAGAGUCACGGGAGCUACGGGCUUGUCAGGAUCCGCGAAGACAUACCUCGGACGGCCGUGGAAGCUAUACUCACGGACGGUCUUCAUGAAGACUUCCCUGGGUAGCUUGAUUGCCCCGGAGGGGUGGUUGCCGUGGAACGGGGAGUUUGCUCUAAACACUCUCUACUACGGCGAGUUUGCCAAUACUGGGCCGGGGGCGUCGACGAGCAGCCGCGUGAAAUGGCGCGGCUAUCACGUGAUCACUUCCGCAGCUGAGGCUUCCAAGUUUACCGUCGGCAGCUUCCUCGGCGGUACCUCGUGGUUGCCCUCCGAUGUGCCGGUCACUCCUGGCCUGUGAAGAGCAUUCGGGGAGAAUUUUUCGUGCACGACAUUUCAAAUGGAACCGUAUAUUCUAUUCGUACCUCUCAAUCUAUUGUUUGUUGGAUGUAUUUAAAAUUGUCAAUUAACCAUUCUUGCACCAUGCUAAUCUUGUGUAUAUGCCCGUGUAUAUAACGAAAAGCAUGGAUACUAGUUACUUGCAUAGUAUUCCCAUCGAAUUGUGAACUUUAUUUUUGUAUUUUGAAAUGUCCAUAUAUCCAUGUGUAAACGUUUGAAACUUUAUCAAGAAUAAAUUCAACUUUUCGUCUA